AUGAGUCCUCUCGAGAUACGCCUCAAGGAGGAAAUGGACACUGAGCAAGAAUCUCGCUCAAGCUCAAGGUGCGAGAGCCAUGCAGCGUCAACAUGUCAAAGCGAUGGGAUGCUUGACCUUUCAUCUCUUGGAACGGAAAGUCCUGUUUCAGUAUCUCGCCCAGCACAAGCCCGCCAACGAAACGAGUUUCAGAGUCCGGAAAUCACCCUCUAUGAUCCUGAUGGCACUGAAGCCCGUGAAGCGAACGCGACUGACUACCCAGGACGUUUCAUACCUCGCUCAGAAACGGCAGAAAGUGAAACAGUCCUGUUCGUCCAGGAUCUGGGAUUCAAAGCAGCCUCCGAGACGAAGUUUCCCCCAACAGCAUGCCCGCUAAUCAAUCCUCCAAUGACGGCUGGGCAAAUCUGUAAAUCCUUUCGCCUCGGUGAAGAUCCGCGGCCACAUGAAAGGGAUUACAAGCUCACGGUCGCGGCUGUCAUGAAGAAGAAGAUGGAGAAAAUGUGGAAGUUCACGGUGGCGGAUGAGGGCAAGUAUUUGCCUUUUGAUGCCUUUGAAGCAAUAUUCACGCCAGACAUAAUUAAUUCACUGCUGAAAGAAGUAUUUCAUGAGAAGACCUCGGAGGAACGGGCCAGAUACCUCAACGAUAUUGUCUCGAUCGAUACGCAAAAGAGCCGACGCCGGAUUGCAGCACUUUUGACCUUCACAAAUCACUUCGACAGAAUCCUACAAUUCGUUGAUGAAAAGAUAGUAGACCAACAUUUUCCACUCACCAGGAGGAGACAUCACAAAACCGUUCGUUUGAAUAAUGGGGUAGAGAACAUGACUCUCUUCAAGAAUUGGGACACAGAGGAAAUUGAUUUGCUUCUCCUCUACCAGGACAAGUUCUUUGUUCCAUUUUUCGACCUACGUCCCGGCAGUAUAUGCUCAUAUGACCUCGGCAAGAGCACACGGCUUCCUUGGCUGACAUGUAAAAUGAAGAAAAGUACGAACAACAGCCGAGUAUACAAGGUAGAAAUUCACCCGGGCCAUCACAAUUUCAAUCCAGUUAAGAAGCGACCGGGUCGGCUCUUUUUCGCGCUCAAGGAAGUCGUUUCGGCCGACCGCAGAAGCUACAAUGACGAGCUCCUAGCCUAUGAGAGAAUAUUUGCCCAUGUUCAAAAAGACAACCACCUCAUCAAGCUUCUUCUAACGUUCAAACAAGAGAAGAGGCAGUAUCUAAUGUUCGAGUGGGCAGAUGGAAAUCUGAAAGACUUCUGGGAAAGGAAGUCCGCGACCGAAAUAGUGGGCGGUGAUUCAUGGAUGGCCCGCCAAUGUAUAGGUCUAUGUGGCGCCAUUAAGCGCAUUCAUGGACUUGGCUCGUGGGAUAUAGAGAAAAAAGGCACACCCGCCCUUGCAGCUGCUGCCAUGAACUCCAAGAUAUACGGAAGGCAUGGCGAUAUCAAGCCGGAGAAUAUCCUCUGGUUCAAGUCCGAAGAAGACAAAUCUGGCCGCUUGGUUCUUGCAGACCUCGGUCUUACUCGGUAUCAUUCUUCGGCCUCCAAGUCCAAAGUACCACAAGCUGACAUCCGGGGAUACACGGGGGCGUAUCGUGCACCAGAGUGGGACCACAAAGACGAGAUUUCUCAGGCAUAUGAUAUUUGGUCCCUUGGCUGCGUCUUUUUGGAGUUCUGCAUAUGGUUUCUUGAGGGAUACCAGCAAGUUGACGUCUUUAAUGCUGCACGUCAAGCAGAGCACAAAGGCCGGUUGGCUAAUUUGGAUGAGGACAAUUUCUUCAACUCUGUUUAUGGCCCAGAGGGGAUCACUGUCCAAGUGAAACCAUGUAUCGACGAGGUACAGCAAAUAUUAUCCUUCUUUUUAUCUUAUUUUCUUAAGUACUAA